AUGCGGUGGGAAAGAGGAAUUGUAAGCCUAAUUUCUCAUAAUUCGACAUACGUGGCAACUCCUUAUGAUGUGGGUUUUUUUUUUGAAAAUUUGAUUUUAGAAAAAUCAUGAUGAUUUUCAGCAAGUCACAAUGUAUAUGGGAAAUAGUUUUGAGCUUGGUGAUUGUAUCGAAUUUAUUGCCGAUGAUAGAAGACGGAUAAUUGAAGCGAGAAGAUGUGAGAGAUUUGUGGAUUAUGAUUUGAAAUUUAGUGGAAUCUCGAUUGUUUUGAUUUGUGAAGUUUUGGAUGUUCGGAUGGAAUUUGUGACAUUUUGGAAUCGAAGAGCUCGAUGCUUUCGAACUAAUUUUAUUGAGGUGAAGAUUUUUGAAGGGCGUGCGAUUUGCGUGGCGAUUUUUUUGUGCCGGAAAAUUUGGAAAGUUUUUGAAGGUCUGAAAUUUCGAAUUUCAGCACUGAGUUGGCUCCUUAAAAAUAGUAAAAUUCUGAAAAAUUGAAAAAAAAAUUCCAAAAUUUUCAUUUUUUCUAUCAUAAACUGUGGAAAUUUCUCAGAAUUUAGGCUACAUUGUUAAAAAUUUACUAUUAAAAAUUAUUUUCCGUGAAAAAACCAGAAAAUCCGGAAAUUCGGAAAUUUUCCGGCACAGGCCUGUUUUACGUUCAAAAAAAUCGUGAAAUUCUAAAAAAAAUUCAAAAAAUUUCAUUUUUUCUAUCAUAAACUGUGGAAAUUUCUCAAAAUCUAGUCAAAAUUGUAAAUAAAUCGGGAAAAUACUAAAGAUCAUUUUCCGGAAAAUCGGAAAAUUGAUUUUUCCGUGAAAAUCCGGAAAAUCCGGAAAUUCGGAAAAAAACUGUUUUACGUUCAAAAAAAUCGUGAAAUUCUGAAAAAUUGAAAACAAAAAAUUCAAAAAUUUCAUUAUAAACUGGGGAAAUUUCUCAAAAUUUGGGCAUUUUUUAAGAGUUUUACUAUUAUAAAAAUUAUUUUCCGGAAAACCGGAAAAAAUUUUCCGAAUUUCACAAAUCCGAGGUUUUCCAGAAAGUCUACGACAUUCCAAUGAAUCCAAAAACCGAUUUCUACACCGAAGAUCAAUUAAUCGGCUCGAAAAUCGUGAUCUGCCGAGUUCCAACAUCUGACAAAGCAUAUUCCUUCUGGAAAGUCUCGAAUGUUUCCGAUAUUCAUUGGAUCAAACCACUUCAACAACAAACUAUACAAGUAUCUGAUUUGAUAAGACCGAUUGAAAAUUCAAAAAGAACAUUUUAUACUGGCUGGAUUUGCACGUAUGGUUCAAGAAAACCUGGAAAAGAUGAAUUGUGGGUUUGGAUUCCGUUCAGAAAACAUGUUGAUAUUAUGUUCCCGGCGAAUUUUAGGUUGGUUUUUUUUUGUUUUUUUUAGAUUUUUUUUCCUAAUUAAAAAAAACUUUUUUUAAUAGAAAUAAUAUUCACCGCGACCAAUUUUACGGACGUUGGGUUCAAUUUUCAAUGAGCCAUCCUUUUACGCCUGAUGAAGAAAGUAAAAUUGAAUUAAUCGAUGACGUAUUUCCAACACGAAAAUUCGAAGGGAAGUGGGAGAUUAAAGUGCCGUGUAAAUAUGAUUCGCAAGACAAACGAGGGUUGAUUGAUAGUGAUGUUGUUGGGAAGAUUGACCACUUUCAGGAUAUACUUGGUAGGUAUUCAGGGGAAUUUUCCGGUUUUUCCGGUUUUUUCACAGAAAAUUCCACUUUCUGGUUUUCCCGAAAGUGAUUUUUAAUAGCAAUGUCUGGCCCAAUUUUAGGGCUGAUUCACGAACGAAAAAAUGUUUUUUAACAUUGAAAGAUCAAUUCACGAAGUCGAAAAAACAUUGUAGGUCAAAAUUAGUUUUUCAAGGUUUUUCAGCCAAACAUGAUGACAACUCGAUAUUUUUUAAGCUUCUGGAGUAAUUUCUGAUGAAAAUUAACCUUGGAAUUCACUUUCCAGAAGGUUUUGCUGAUUUUUCGUAAAAUAAAAUUUUUUAUAAAUUUCGAAAAGGCAAAAUAGAGUUCUCGAAGCUUAUUUUCAUCAGAAAUUACUCCAGAAGCUUGAAAAAUAUCGAUUUUUUCAUCAAUUUUGACUGAAAAACUCGAAAAACUAAUUUUGACCUACAAUGUUUUUUCGACUUCUCGUAAAUUGAUCUUUCAAUGUUAAAAAAAACAUUUUAAAACAUUUUUUUUCGUUCGUGAAUCAGCCCUUUUCAAAAAAAUUUCAAUAUUUUCUGAUUUUCCGAACUGAAAACGUCUCAAGCUGUUUCUAAAUCAUCUGUAAAUGGAAAAAUUUCAGACAAAAUCAAGUUUUAUAACCAAUUUAGUGCUGAAAUUUUAAACUUGAAGACUUCAAAAAAUUUUCCGGCUUUUCCUGUUUUCCCUGUUUCAAAAAAGUUGAAUUUUUUUCCAGAAAAAUACAAUCGCUUCGAUAGUUUUUCGGAAAAUCUUUGGGUCACCUGUAAUGGCCGAGAUAAGCGAAAAGGUUGUCGAUUCUUGUUGUCUACGCUUCAAAAUGAUUGGGAACACGGAAAGACUCUUGAAGAAAUCGAGGAUUUGAAGCUGGAUUUUUUGCGGUUGGAAAAGGUGAGUUACCCGAACUCUUCUGGGAAAUGAAUCUCACAUCAAAAGUGUUUUUUUUUUCUAGAAACAUCAGUAUCUUCUGGAAAAUUCCUUACCGAUUCCCGAAAAACUUGUAAAUGAUUUGGAGCAAAUGGAAGAAGUUCUGUAUUCCUCCAGGAAAGCUAAUGAAAUUGAGAUGGAAAAAUAUAAACAAGUUAGUUUUUAUUUAAAUUUACAUUUAAUUCGGUGAAAAAAAAAUUUUGAAAAAAAAGUUUGCCACGGAGCGGGACCGAACCCGAGACCAAAAGAUUCAAAAGAUGAGUGCGCUAACCACUCGGCCAUCCGCUGUUAUUUUUCUUGUCCUCAAAUGUUUGACAUAUGAAUCUAUAUGUGUACCAAGUCUCAUUAUUCCGGGACCUUACACACUUUCCUUUAAGAAAAAAAAAACGGUUUUUUCAGCUGGUUAUCCAUUUUCGAGAUAUGUUAGCUUCCGAAAAAGUUUGUGAAGAAAUGCAAAAAUUUGAUCCGGAAAAAUUGGAACAAAUCAAUGCAUUAUUAUUUGAUAUGUAA